AUGGCAGACGCUGUGGUUGAAAGUGCUCCGGCAGAUGAAAAUGAUGAUAAUUGGUUAUAUGGAGAAUCUACUAACGACCAAAGUGGGACAGAUCCUACUAGAAUAGAUGAUAAAGAAAAAAAGCAAGCAAACAUCACCGAUAGAAAUGCGGAACCUGAAGAUAAAGAGCAAGAAGAAGCAGAUGGCAACGAUGGCAAUAAUGAUGAUUCUCAUUUUAAUGAUGAACAUUUUGGCGAGGUAGAUCGUGACGAUCAAGAUCAAACAAAUGGAGAUGCUGACAGCCAAGACAAUGGGGAUUCAGAUUCGGAUGAUAGUGAUGAUGUAAAAGUCACUAUAGGUGAAAUUAAGUCAGGACCACAAGCUUAUGCUAGUUUAAAUAUAAAGAGGGGAGUUGGAAUAGUGGCACCUGGAAGCGAAAAGCCUCGGCCAGUACCAGCUGCUGGUAGCAAAGUGACAUUAGAAGAUUUAGAUGGACCUGGUAGCAUCAAUGGAGUACCUGCAUUAGAGUUUAAUAUUGAUACAAUUGAAGAUAAACCAUGGAACAAGCCUGGUGCUGAUAUAUCAGAUUAUUUCAACUAUGGCUUCAAUGAAGUGACGUGGAGUGCGUACUGCGAGCGGCAGCGGCGCAUGCGCGUCAACGAGGCGGGCGUAUCGCUGCACGCCGGCCCGCCGCCGCGCGCGCCGCCGCCCGACGUUAGGCGCUCUACUGGAUCUAUACGACAUGAUGACAUGCCCCCAGGAAUGCAAAAUAAUUAUCAAUCUAGAGAAAACACAAUACAGGUGAUGACGGCGGAGCGGCGCGAGUACGGGCGCGCGCACGGCCGCGACGCGCCGUCGGACUACUUCGCGCCGCCGCCCGACCACUACUACCCGCCGCCGCACGCCGCGCCGCACGCGCCCCACGCGCCCCACGCGCCGCCGCACGCGCCCUACGACGAGCCAUGGGGAAAAAAACGUAAACGUUCCCAUCCGGAGCAGACGGGUUGGGCGCCAACCGAGAUAAAGGAGCUAACACCGGGGCCUAUGGGGCCCCCUGCCAUGGGCCCUCCCAUAGGCAUGACCCCUCCAUUAGGCCCCCCACACUCCAUACCCCCCAGUCACGUGAUGGGCACGCCCCCCUUCGUCCCGCCCUUCCGCUCGCACCUCCCGCCGCACUUGCACGAGCGGGAGAGGGAGAGGGACAGAGAACGCGAUAGAGGCGAGCGCGACAGAGACAGAGAUAGAGAGCGGGUGAGGGAGCGCGACGACAGGGACCGCAGAGACAGAGAUAGAAGAGACGAGGAGGAUAGAGAUAGAGAUCGCGAGCGUUCACGGUCCAUCAAACCGGAUAGGAUCCGAGAAAAAUCAUACAGACGAGAGCGGUCGCGCUCCCGCUCCCGCCGCCACAAGUCGCGGUCGCGCUCGCCGCGACCACGGUCGCGGGACCGAGACCGCUCGCGCGACCGCGACCGCGACCGGUCGCGCGACCGCAGCAUGAAGUCAAAGACCAAGGAGCCCAAAGAGAAGGAAGAAGACAAA